UUUAUUGAGCUUCCGGCGUUGUGGCAGCGAUGUAAAGGUGACAAAAUGCGGGCAGUGCCGUUCUUUCCCAAUAUGACAUCUAUGAUGUGCCUUGGCGAUAAUAUAAUCAUUCCAAAACCUCAUGGACCGAAAAGAAAAUAUCAAACGUUGGACAGAUUCGAAAAAUACACCUCAGAUGAAUUCAAAUCAAACAGAGUCACUGCAAAUGUACAAUUCGUUGACGACUGGCAGCGGUAUUUUGACAGUCGCCGGGAAUCCAGAUCGUACAGAAGCUCACUGUCAAGCCACGUUCUUGUGCAACGCCGACCCGGUUCGAGUCCAGCUUGGUGGGAAAUUGAGAUGAGCUAAACCCACCUUUAUUCCGAUAUUUGACGCUGUGUUCUGCACCUCGCUGGGGGGGGGGGUAUGUUUGGGUCAUUCGGUUGAUGAAAUCACAAUAGACUUUUCAUAUAACUUAAAGGCAAAGCCCAGCAUGAUAAUACCAUGAACCAACACACAAGUCAUUCACUACUGAACCUUCCAUUGG